AAGUCCCCUUGCUGGCCAGCCUCACGACGCCUUAGCCAGCUACACCCACAAAGCCACCCGCAAAGGCAGUCGUUUGCACGUGCAUCCUCCUAGCUCCCGCUUUCUUGCUUUGGGCGCCGGGUAGACAGGCCGGAACUCAGUGAGGCUUCCCUGCAAAUAGCUCAAUCACGAUCGAUCGAAGCUACCGGAAAUUUCACAACGUCCUUCCACCCCCUCUAUCUAUACCCUCACCUGGACCCUCUCACCGGUCGUGAAAACGGACUCUGCUCUCCAACACCUGUAUCUGCUCACCAUCUCUAUCCCCCUCCCUAUACAGCCAAUUCCUCACCGCUGGGCGACAACGCCAACCCGCCGCCCAACAUGACUACACAUGUCGUUUCUCUGUUCCUACCCUAUACCGUCGACUUUCAAGACAACAAGUCUGCCCCUCCAAGUCCGCCCCAAGCAGCCGUACCUACCCAGCUGAGUGACACUCUUCACAAGCCAUCUACCACCAACCUAUCGAGCACACGGCCCGCACCUGGCAAGAAUGAAGAGCAACCCCAGAGUCUCCUCAAGCGGGCGCCGCCCUCGCACAUCGCGCUGCCCAAAGCCUCAACACGUAUGACCGAGCACGAAGACUUCUUCACACCUGGCCAGCCAAGCGCUGCCACUCACUUCCCCAACGCAGCUGACCCCCGCGGCCUGGUCCGCAGUGAUGCCCAUGUCCCUGAAUGGGGUGGCAGUGGCAUCUUCUUCAACCAGCCCGUGUCCAGAGUUGAGCCCGCUCCACCAGACACGAUUCUCGAAUACGCAAAGGCACAAGAGCGGGCGCAGGCUCAGAAGGAGCGCAUGAAGGGCUCGCACGCUGGCAAGCCAGUGACAGACCCGAGAUGGGCUGCCGAAUACAGAGUUGUCCCUGCUGCCCAGGGCAACGGCGGCCUUACCAACGCUCUCCGUGCUGCAGUCGACAACAAGUGCCUUAGUGAUACCAUCACCGUUGGCCUGAUUGGCUUCCCUACAGACAGUCUGAACGAAGAGAAGAAGACUGAGAUCUACGAGAAGCUUGAGGAGGAACACGAUGCUUUGACUGUCUUUGUCAGUGAUAAAGACUUUGACGGCCAUUACGCCCACUACUGCAAGACGAUUCUAUGGCCAGUAUUUCAUUACAUCAUUCCUGACCACCCCAAGAGCAAGGCUUUCCUUGACCACUCCUGGAUCUUCUAUGUCAAAGUCAACCAAGCUUUCGCAGACAAGGUUGUUAAAAACUACAAGCGCGGAGAUGUCAUAUGGGUCCACGAUUAUCACCUAUGUCUUGUUCCUCAGAUGGUUCGCCAAAAGCUACCAGAUGCACAGAUUGGUUUUUUCCUGCACACAGCUUUCCCGUCCUCUGAGGUUUUCCGAUGCCUUGCCGCUCGGAAGGAGCUUCUCGAUGGUAUGCUUGGAGCGAACCUCGUCGCCUUCCAGACACCCGAGUACGCCCACCACUUCCUGCAAACCUGUAGUCGGAUUCUGUCUGUAGAGGCUACCGAGGACGGAGUUCAGCUUGAGAACCGCUUCGUCAACGUCUGGUCCUCGCCCAUCGGCAUUGACCCUCGCGCACUGUCUCUAGCUCGAGAAGAGCCCGAGGUCCUGGAGUGGAUUCAGACCAUGCAGAAGCGGUAUGAGGGAAAGAAGGUCAUUGUUGCUCGCGAUAAGCUAGACAAUAUUCGUGGUGUGCGCCAAAAGUUACUAGCUUUUGAGUUGUUCCUUAACAAGUAUCCUGAGUGGAAGGACAAGGUUGUCAUGAUCCAGGUCGCGACAUCCACUACUGAAGAUACCGAGUUGGCGGCAACUGUUUCUGAGAUCGUUACUCGUAUCGAUGCUGUCCACUCGACCUUGACUCAUAACCCCCUCAUCUUCCUCAGACAAGACAUUUCCUUCUCGCAGUACCUUGCUCUGCUAUCCAUUGCCGAUGCGCUUGCCAUUACCAGUCUUCGCGAGGGCAUGAACUUGACCUGCCAUGAGUUUGUCAUUUGUCAGGAUGGACGCGGAGGUGAAAAGAAGCACAGCCCCGUCAUCCUCAGCGAGUUCACUGGUAGUGCGUCAAUUUUUGAUGGUGCAGACCUCGCUAUCAACCCAUGGGACUACAACAACAUUGCCGAAGCCUUCCGGAUCGCCUUAGAAAUGAAGGACGAUGAGAAGGAGCGAAGGUUCACUAAGAUGCGCAACAUAGUCAUGAACCAAACUGGCGAUAACUGGGUCAAGAAACUGAGUACUCAUCUCGCCAAGGUCUACGAGGAGCAAUUCAAGCGCGAUACCAUGUCAAUCCCCCGACUCUCUUCGAGCAGCCUUGGAAGUGCCUACCAACAGUCACAGAGACGCUUGUUCAUUCUAGACUAUGAAGGUACUCUUGCGUCGUACGGGUCUGUCAAUAAGACUAUUCUCACUAAUACCGAGCGUGUUAUUGUUCUUCUUAACGAUCUCGUUGCCGACGACAAGAAUGCCGUUUAUGUAAUGACUGGUCGAACUGUUCGAGAAACUGAGCUUAUCUUCAACCGCGUCCGUGGCCUUGGCCUCAUUGCAGAGAAUGGCUGCUUCUUGCGCGAGCCUGGCGCGAAAGAAUGGAUCCAAUUCCCUGACGAGGAGAAGACAGUGAAGUGGAAGGACUCAGUCAAACCGAUUCUGCAAUACUACCUUGAGCGUGUCGAAGGCAGUUGGGUUGAGGAGCGCCACUGCUCGAUCAUCUUCCAUUACAACAAGUCUGAUGACAACGACGACUCUACAAGUCGACACGCUGGCGAUUGUGCAAAUCACAUCAACGACGCUUGCGAGCAGCAGCGUGUCAAGGCAAUCCCCACAAAAGACUCAGUCGUCAUUGAGCCAGUAGACUUUGACAAGGCUUCAGCUGCCCAGCACAUCUUCAGCAAGUACCCAGAAGAUGCCCGACCUGACUUCCUCCUCGCUGCUGGCAACGACCGCAGUGAUGAAAACGUCUUCCGCUGGGCGAAGCAACUCAAGGACGAUGCCGUUGUUCCCAACGUGCAGACCGUCACAGUUGGUGAUCGCAACUCAAUUGCCAUGUCAACGCUCCCCAACGGGGCGACUGGCCUACUUGGUGCUCUGACGAAGCUUACCAAGAACCCUCGCGGUUCAUCUUAGGGGUUUUGAAGCAUAUUUCGAGCGAGGAUGACGUAAUGAUUGGGACAUGUCUCACGCAUUCGAUACCCCUUCUCACGAAGUAAUGAUUGUCAAUGGAACGGAUGUACAAAGGCGACUCUCGUGAAGAUGAAGGGCCACGGGAGAGUUGCCACUAUUAAUGAAUCAACGUCAAGCACUGCAUGGGCGGAGUUUAGCGGGGUCUUUUACUACGAUAGAUUCUUUCCGCAUUCAAUACGACACCCAGAAGUGAAGGCUGUUUGUUGAAAUAUUGCCUGUGAAGACUUAUCUAUGAUGCGGAUAUCUGUUCCGAAUUCCAGCGGAUUUUACAUAGUUCUACGUCUAGAUAAGCUCUCCCCUGCUCACAAGUCACGGGAAAGAAGUGUAUGCAUGUGUUGAG